AACCGACCCGGACUGCAAGCGGAGCAUCAUGGAGGAAUCUGCUCUUCACGUUAGAGUAGAUACACCAUCAGGUUCUGCAGGCCAAAGGGAGAAUUUGCCAUCACGCUCAGAGGGUAUUUAUGAAAAUGCAGAUGCAGGUCAGACUCUGGAGCUUCACACAGCUGGACAUACGCCUUCAGGUGCUCCAAAUGUGAAGAAGUUCUACAGAGUUCCUGCCAUUUGCCUGGGACUGCUGUGUGUUCUCCUUCUGGUUCGAGUCAUCACUCUGAUUUUACCAUACACCAAAGGCAACUCUGAGUGCAAAUCACACAUGGACUCGACACAGACCAUUAUCUACAACCUGACCAAAGAAAUGGACCAGUUACAGACCAGUAACAGAAAUCUGGCUGUGGAACAAGAGCAGCUGCAAAAGAAACUGGGGGACAUGGCGAAGUUGGAUGAUCUUCACAGGAAGUUUCAAGCUCAACAAGGAUGGGUAUAUUACAGCGGUAGUUUCUAUUACAUUUCAUCUCUGAAGAAGACCUGGCUGGAGAGUAGGGCUGACUGUCAGAACAGAGGUGCAGACCUGAUGAUCAUCAACAGCAGAGAAGAACAGAACUUUGUGAGUGGAUUCAAGAAGAUCCUGUGGAUUGGACUUUCUGACGGACAGACAGAAGGGGUGUGGAAAUGGGUGGACGGGACUCCGCUCACCACAAGCUUCUGGAGAUCUGGAGAGCCAAACAGUUAUGAGGGGUCCAAUGAGGACUGCACAGAAAUAAAUGGGCUUAACAGUGGAAAAAACUGGAAUGACUUGAAGUGCCAAAACAAAAAUUACUGGAUCUGUGAGAAGACAUUUGCUCUGUAGAGUUAACGUUCUGUUUCUGCCUUGAAGCAAACAUCAAAAAGCACAGCACUCCACACCGAAGAGCUACAGUGAUAGUUUAGUUCAGCUUAACGCUAGCAAUCGCUUGCAAAUUAGCUCGCAAAUAUUAAUCAAGCUACUCAGUUACUGUGUCGUGUUUAUGCUGGACAAAGUGUAGGCUACAGCUAGUUUAACCCAUCGCUGGGCCAUUUUGAAAAUAGGGAUGACCCCCUGUCACCACCGUGUAAACAUUCACUGUGUGUCGUACGGUGUCAUUGUAAAGAUACACAUCUUAAAUAAAUGACAGACUUACGGUGGUUUAAUAUUUCGUGUAGGAUAUCCGAAUCCCUGCAUUGAAAUUCAGGCCUUGCUUCCUAUUGGAAGGUACCUCAUUAAUCCCCCCUCAAAAAAAUCAAAACCAUCUCUUAAAAAUGUCAAUGAACUAUCAGAGCCCAGUGCAAAGGAUUUCCAUUUUUAGCUUUGUCGUGUAAUAAAGGAUCUUUUCUGUAUUAGGUUGAGAGUGAUGGUUUAAAUUAGGAUUUUAAAGACGUGGUUCGUGGAUCGUGUGGUACAAGUAUAAAUGCUCCUGAUGUUUAAAAAUGUUUCUUUGUAGCUCUUAAUCAUAAAGUAAAUCUGUUGUUACUUUUUGUGGAGUUUAUGAUCUGCUUUUAGAGUUUCAGUAAUGCUAAUGCAUGAUAAGAGUUUGGUGUAUCGUGUGACAUUUAAGCUGAUUUAAGGAUAUUAAAGUUGAUUUUCACAUCAGUUGUACAAUUUGAUCAAUAAAUAUAUGUUUAACAAAUGUUUUCAUAUGUUUGCUUGAGAAAGUAUCAUAUUAAAGUUGUUUAAUGUUUGAUUCUCUGACAGUCCUUCAAAUAUCUAUUCAAAGAUCCAUCAGCUCUGAAGAAUAUAAGAAAGUAGUCCUUAAAGUCUCUGGAAACGUAUAUGGAAUAUUUAACAUUCAUAAAGAAUAUCAAAAUUGAAUUUGUACAUAAGCAUCAAUGAAAAUUGUGAGUGAAA